AUGCGGAGGAGCACCAGCUCGGAGAAGGAGGCUGCGGAGCAGUUGGUUCGACCUUGGCAAAGAGCUGAUCCUGGUGCUGGAGAGACCUGUCCCGCUGUGGACCUGCAAAAAUACAAAGCAGAAAAUGGAAGAACUUUAACAGAGGACAAGGCCAAGGUCAUUCUGAAGCAACUAGUUGAUGCUGUAAAGGAACUUGAGGAUAAACACAUCUUUCAUCGGGACAUCAAGGGACAAAACAUUCUGAUUGAGACCGGCUCAGAUGUGCCUCGUGUUCGCAUCAUUGACUUUGGACUGAGCUGCUUUGUUAAACAGCGAUCUCUGUAUCGCAUCUUCUAUGGCACUCCUCUUCACAUCCCUCCCGAGUGGUACAUUAGGAGCUGCUACAGGUGUGGACCCACCACGGUGUGGCAAAUGGGAGUGGUGUUGUAUGAAGCGCUUCAUGCACAAUACUUUAGUACUGCGAGGUUCCUCACAAAGAAACUGAGCAUCAAAAAGCGUCUGUCCACAGAAUGCCGCAAUUUCUUGGACGCAUGUUUAGCUAUAGUCCCGGAGAAGCGCCCAACACUGGAGGAGCUCCAGCUUCACCCCUGGCUAAGAUAACACACACAAACACACAAUUCACACCUUAUCAUAUAAGUAUGAUACAUUGUAGUAACUUUCUUUCUUUUUCUGUUGGACAGGAAUAGAUAGAAUGGGUCAAUCUUAAAAAUAAAUAAAUAAAAAUUUAGCUUUUUGGAGUUCCUGUAAGCCCCCCAGCCAUCCCAGGAAAGGGGAUCUCUCUUUGAAUGGGCUUUCCCGAGGUUUCUUCCCAUCGAUCUGGCCCCCUGGGGAGUUUUUCCUCGUCUUCUUAGAGAGCUUGGGCUGGGUCAGGAGCUCCAUCAAAACUGUCUUUAUUUGAUGACUUUAAAAUAAAGAUGUGUUUUACUUAAAUAAAACUUGUUUAAUUCA